GACUGUGGGCAACCUCAGACAGGUGGAGGAGAUGUCCUUAAGCAGCUGAACUGCACCGUGGUUGGACCUGAUCGGGCAGGACUGGGCUGGGCUGCAGGACGAGCAGCGGCGGACGCUGCUGUGCACGCUCGCUGCGCGGAUCCUCCUGCAGCUGCUGGAUUCACACUAUGAUGCCACAUCCAAAACAUGCUUUGGCUGAUUCUCCCAUCCUGAGCCUUCGCACACAUGCUGGACACUUCAAUGUGGACGCGGGGAGGACGAGUGAUGUAGUUGCAAUGGAUUAAUGAGGAGUACACAUGGGCUUCGGUUUUUUCCCUGAGAUUAUUGGCGUCUAGUAUUCAUCACCCUGCCUUGGCCAUGGAGAACCAAGCAGCCGAGCCGCAGAACUAUGAAGAUGUACAGAAAAGCGGCUAUCUCCGCAAGCAUAAAUCAAUGCACCGGCGAUUCUUCGUGCUGAGAGCGGCCUCGGAGCAUGGUCCUGCUCGACUUGAGUAUUACGAGAACGAGAAGAAAUUCCGCAGUAAAUCACCUGUGCCCAAAAAAGUCCUGAACCUGGAGACUUGCUUCAACAUCAACAAGCGGGCAGAUUCCAAGAACAAGCACAUGAUAGUCCUUUAUACCCGCAGCGAGAGCUUUGCCAUCGCUGCAGACAGCGAGGAGGUCCAAAACGAGUGGUACCAAGCGAUGCUGGACCUCCAGUGCAACUGUAAAACUCCUGAAGACUAUGGCAGUAGUGGAGAGUGUAGCUCUCCGUCUCCUAUUCCAACCUUCAAGGAAGUAUGGCAGGUCAAGGUUUGGCCUAAAGGUCUUGGACAUGCCAGGAACUUGGUGGGCAUCUACCGGCUGUGCCUCACUGACAAGACAGUCAACUUUGUCAAACUCAAUUCUGAUGUGGCAGCUGUGGUGUUGCAGCUGAUGAAUGUUCGCAGGUGUGGCCAUUCAGAGAAUUUUUUCUUCAUUGAGGUGGGUCGCUCGGCGAUCACCGGCCCCGGAGAGUUCUGGAUGCAGGUGGAUGACUCUGUGGUGGCUCAGAACAUGCACGAGACCCUGCUGGAGGCCAUGAAGGCCCUGAGUGAGGAGUUCCGUCAGCGCAGUAAAUCUCAGUCUGUGGGGACGUCGUGCGGAGGCGGUACCGCUUCAAACCCCAUCAGCGUCCCGAGCCGUCGGCAUCAUCCAAAUCUGCCACCAAGUCAGGUGGGCUUCUCCAGACGAGCCCGUACGGAGACACCUGGAACUGGAGGCAGCAGCACUAGCACUUCACCUACAUCGCGCCAUGGAUUCCCAAGGGCACGGACUGCCAGCAUUGGAGCCAGGUCGGAGGAGGGCGGAGCAAGUGCCAAAGGGACAUGGGCCAGCUCCAGCCCGAGUCUUAAUGGUUCCUGCUCAACUACGCCAACGCUGAGACCCAAGCCCACCAGGGCCCCAACCCCUGCUAAGAUUACCCUCAGCCUUGCACGUUACACGCCUAACCCUGCUCCCUCUCCUGCACCGAGUCUAUCCUCCAGCUCUGGUCAUGGCUCAGAGUGUGGCCUGGUGGGGGCAGCAGUGGGAGGCAUGACGAUCUGCUCCUACCCUCGUGUUUCUCAGAGAGUCUCUGUUUCAGGUUCACCGAGCGACUACGGCUCCUCAGAUGAAUAUGGCUCCAGUCCUGGGGAGCACUCUCUCCUUGUACCCAGUCUGUCUGGACAUCACGUGCAUGGAGAGGGCUCCUCCAGCUAUAUAGUGAUGGGACAGCGAGAGGGUCUCCUUGGUUCUCAUCAUCGCUCAAAAGGCCGACGGAUUUUGCGGCGUUCAUCUAGUAGGGAAUCUGAGGCGGAACGGCGACUACUGAGUAAGAGGGCUUCCCUGCCUUUGGCAGCCCAUGAACGGCUGACCCCGCAUAGAAAAGAUGAAGACGAUGAAGAUGAUGAAGAAUAUGCCAUCAUGUCGCAGAGUGCUAACAGAGAGAGAGCUGAUUUGCACCAUGGCUCAGAGGGCCUGGCAGCUGGGGGCGGGCAGCUUGAUGCAGUCGGGAAAAAUAGGAAGAGGGCUGACAAAAGCAGGCGAGAAGUGGAAGGUGGAGCAGCUGUGGAUAGCGGCUAUAUGUCAAUGUUGCCUGGAGUGACGUCUCCUCCUGUUUCACUCUCUCUCUCAAUAGGUAUGUCUGACACCAGUGCUAAACCUGGGGCAGAUGACGAGUAUAUGGCCAUGACCCCCAACAACAGUGUGUCCCCCCCUCAGCACAUCCGCCAGCCCAGCACAGAAGGCUACAUGGUCAUGUCUCCUAACAGCAGCAGCUCCACAGACCUGCACGGAUUGGGCAUGUGGGAUAGCAGGGCCAGCAUGGAGAGCCGGGCUGCCAGUGACUACAUGAACAUCUCACCUGUCUGCAGCCGCUCUGCCUGCAGCACACCGCCUUCCCACCCAGAACAGCACCAACUGCAACCAAAAAUGUUCAAUUCCUACUUCUCUCUGCCAAGAGCUUAUCAACAUACUCUCUACACUCGCUUUGAGGAGGACUUAAACAAAGGGGAAGGAAAAAAGGACAGCAGUGGGCAUGAUAGUGCAGGAAGGGGAGGGGGAGUGGGAUACAGCAAGAGAAACAAAAUUGCAGCGGGCUCUGCAGGAGGCUGUCAGCUCUCCAUGUCUUCCUCUUCCUUCUCCUCCAGCUCAGCCAGCAGCGAGAGCCUGGAAGACAAGUCCAUAUCGGCAGGGAGAGGGUUAAGUUUAUUAAGAACUGGAGGAGAGUAUAAGUUUGCGGGGACAUGUGCAAAGGAUGGGCGUCAUCAUCAAAAACGUGGAUCAAGUAGUAAGAGCCCGAAACAACAAAGGAGGGGUCGUCCCCUCAGCGUGUCUUCAGACAUCACUAAGGCAAACACCCUGCCCAGGGUGAAGGAGAAUCUGCAGCCAUCAGUUUCUCAAAACGUCGGUGAGUAUGUCAGUAUUGUGUACAAGGAGGACAAUAAGUAUGGUGGAGGAAGACGUUUGGGGUCUGAACGUGGACAGCCUGUGAUCCACGGAACCCUUCGGCCUGUGAAUCAACCAUUUCUCUGCCAUGAUAAUCCCGCUAACCUUCCCCGCAGCUUCUCUGCUCCAUUGUCCACCUCUGCAGAAUACGUCAGCAUGGAUUUAGGGAAGUCCUCAACGCCCCUGACUCCUGUUAGAUCCACAUUCAGCACCCCACAGGGCCCACCAGCUGUUGCCCCCAAGGCCCGACAUGAACACAGCACGUCCUCUCCUCUGGCAGCAGAGGGCAACACCGGGUACAGAACAAAGGUAAAGUCGGCAGCAAUGCCAACAGACGCCUCCACUCCAUUUAUGGACAGCAAAGGUUCCGAUCCCAGCAUUUCAGCAAGACCUGCCAUCCACUCUGGUCAGCCCUUAUCCAUUGAGCAGGAGACAGGCUUGGGCUUUUCCCCAGUCAAGUCCUUCCAGUCUCCUGAGCGGAGCAGCAGGUCGGUCCGAGGUGACCCACAGGGACGGCCGAGCCACCGUUCAGAGACAUUUAACUCACCUCCCUCCCUGCCACGCCACACAUCCUCUUCUACCUCCAUCUUCCCGGAGGGCAGCCAGGCGGCGAGCCAUCGGCAUGGUUUGGAUUGCUCACUGUGGGAAAACAGGCAGGCAGCUAGUUUAUCUGCCACACCUCCACCACAAGCCUCCACCUCAUCUGCUGAACAAGGCCUUAACUAUAUUGACCUUGACCUGGCCAUUAAGGAGAGCCCUCAAGCCGGAGUGGAGCGUACCUCUGCCGCCUACAACAUCGGAGGAAGCGCUAUGGGCAGCAGCACUGGCUCCAGCCUCAACACUUAUGCCAGUAUUGAUUUCUAUAAGUCAGAAGAACUGAGAGCACACCAGAGCAGUAGAAAGGAUGGUCAAGAUUGUUGAUCUCCAUCUUGGAUGUGAGCGUGACGCCGGUGUGACAGCUCCACAGUCAGUCUGUGAGGGGACGACCUGUUGCCACAACAGAACUGUACACUGGAGUCUGAACACUUAAAAACCUGGAAAACUCAUCCCCAUCCCGUCGGCUGUUUUAUGUCAACCAAAUGUGUGCCAAACACACACACACACACACUCUCACACACACACACACACA